ACGGUUGAUGUAUUAGGCAGAUAAAAGAAAAAUUGGUACGGAUCAAAACCAUAAAAUAUAGCGCCCUCUCAUUUCAGACAACAUUCUCAUCAUCAUCUUUUGCACUGCUGCUUAAGUUUUCAAUUUUUAUGACCAACUUGUGCACUGUUGCUCUAAAAUUCUUAAUAGCCCACUUUGCCCUGACCAACAUUGGAUUCAUAUAUAUUCAGUAUUUUUGAUGUUGAGGUGUUUGAUUGAAGUCCUAUGUGAAGUUUUUUCUUGCUAAUCAUUUAAAAAAAUUUGUGCUGGUUGUGGUUGUUUACUUUGAUGGAUGAACAAAACCAAGCAAAUGGGUGUUUAUUGGGACAUGUAUCAUGUACUACUUUUAACAUUCUGGCCCCAAUUUACAAGCGUUUGAGUGACAAGAAUUGUGAAAAUGAGUUUCCCGAACUUUGGGUUAGCCGGAAUGAGAGCAUUUUGGAUAAGUUACUGGAGAUUAAGUCCUCGAUUAUAUGUCUGCAGGAAUUUUGGGUGGGGAACGAAGAGCUAGUUAAAAUGUAUGAGAAGAGACUUGGAGAAGCUGGUUAUAGAACGUACAAACUAGCUCGUACAAACAACCGUGGAGAUGGUCUACUGGCAGCAGUGCACCAGAACUCUUUCCAUGUUUUGGGUUACAAGGAAUGUGUAAUUAAUGGUAUCGGUGAUCGUGUUGCUCAACUCUUAGAUCUUGAACUUGUUCAUCCUGAGGACCAAAUUCACAAAUUGGGGAUGAGAAUGAUUUUAGUGAAUACUCACCUAAUUUUCCCACAUGAUUAUAGAUAUUGCUUUGUCAGGCUAAAACAGGUAUACAAGAUUUUACAGUUCAUAGAAUCAUACUGCAAAGAAUACAAGCUCCCAGCUGUUCCUAUAAUUUUAUGUGGGGACUGGAAUGGGAGCAUGAAAGGAAAUGUCUGUAGGUUUUUGUUGUCGCAAGGUUUUGUCUCAGCCUAUGAUAUUGCUCAUCCAUAUAUGGGCCAUAAUGUUGGUAACUGCAAGUGGGUUAGUCACCAUAACCAUAGAGGAAAUAUAUGUGCUGUGGAUUUUGUUUGGCUCCGCAAUCCCAACAUUCUGCAGAAGCCACUAAAAAGGAGUUUCAUGGAAGCACUUCUUAGAAAUUUUUAUCAACUGCAAAGUAAAGUGACUGAAGGUAUCUAUGCACCCCCUUCUCCUCAGACUGAUUUGAGUUGUCUGACCUUUACUCAGUUUUCUGAUGCCCUUGCCAAGCUACAGUUGAUUGGUCCUCCUCAUAAUGUCUUUACUGCUGAAGAAAUAAAGGAUUUUUGGGAUCAAAUAGACUGCAAUGGAGAUGGGAUGAUCGAUAUGUCACACUUCUCCCAACAGCAAGGCAAGUACAUUGAUGAAGCUGAAACUCAGUCAGAAGAAUCAGCUGAUGCACUCACCACAGUGUCUAAGGUUGGUUUUAAUGUUGAUAAAGCAAUGCUCUUUCCUGUGGAAGUUGAACAAGGUACUUGGCCGGAGAGCUAUUCUCUGUCUGAUCACGCAUUGUUGACAGUAGAGGUUUCUAUGGUGCACAUUCCCAUGCUACACUAACAUGUUGCUGGUUCAGUAAAUCUCAUGUAGUAAAAUCAUAUUCAAGUUAGUAAUUUUUGUUAUAUGGUGAGAUUAAUCGCAAAGUUAUGUCUUUUAUGCAAGUUCAGUUAAAUUAA